AUGAGUUUUCUAUCACCUACAAAUAAACUUAAUGAUUUACAUUUACAACUGGAUAUUUUUGAAAUUAAAAGUGACAUUACAAGUGAAAAUGAGUACGAGGAAGCUGAUAAAACCAUAAACGAAGAAGAUGACGAGGAGGAAGAAGAAGAAGAAGAGGAAGAGAAACAAGAAGAAUCUCAAAUUGAUCCACCACAACACAUAUCUAGGAAACGAAAUUAUAUUGACUCAACUGCUACACCAAUGGUAAUAACUCCAUUAGGUAGUAAUAACAAUAGCAAUAGUUUUAGUAAUUACUCGAAAUUAUCAUCCAUUUCGAAUUCUGAUUCAACUCCUUGCCCACCACAACCCAAACGUAAAAAGUUGAAAUUUAAGCAAGAGAGUUCAAGGAAUAUUUUGCACUUAAACUAUGCCAAAAAGAAGAUUGUCGAGAACAAUAAACCGCUAAUAUACCAAGAUCAACCCGACUCUGACGAAGAGCUUGAAGAUUUGAACAAUACCAUGAGUCGUAAAUUAGAGUCAACACCAAUAUCACAAUCUACACCAGCUUCAAGUCGUGCAUCAACUCCUCCUAUAACUAAUAACAACUUCAACAAUAUAUCUGAAGAGUAUGGUCAAAGUAUAAAUGGGUAUAAGUUUGUAAAGCACAACACCACAUCCAAAUCCAAAACAAAUUUAUAUAACUACAAUUAUGAAACUCCAAUCGACAACUUUAAAAAUCAAUGUCAUACACACUACACACAAUUAAGAGAUGCUUAUAUACGAAAUGAUUAUGAAAUUAUCGGUGAAUUACCUGUUACAUCAGCUGGUUUGAUGAAUGAAAAUGAAAGUGGUAUCCAUGUUGGAGAUAAACGGAUAAUCAAUGAAACAAAUCAAUUACGUGUAGAUUAUUUGGAAGAUUCAAGAUUACCAUUUAUUCCACCUUAUUUUUAUCAAAAUAAUCUUCCAAAAAACUUACAACUAAAGUUAGUUUCAAAAUAUAAUCUAAGGACUUUUUAUAAUUUGAUAUUAGAAGAUAAUGAAUCAUUGAUUGAAUUUUUAAAAAUAGAAAGAAUAAAAUGGCAUCCUGACAAAUGGAUUAAGUUCGAACACAUUGAAAUUAUUCAAUUGUUAAGUCAGACUAUUAACGAAUUAAUUAAUGAUAUAAAAAGGGAACAAUAG